AUGGCGCCUGAAGAGACAGGCUUUGCCUAUUACGAUGAAUCUCCAGACAGUAUGCUGGCAGCGCUCGAUCAACUCGCCGAAUAUGUCGAUGAAGAAGGGCCGUUUGAUGGGGUGAUGGCAUUCUGUCAUGGCGCAGCGCUCGCCGCUGAGUUCAUCAUUCAACGGUAUCAGCAGGAUCCUGAGGACGAACCGCCCUUCAAAUGCGCCAUCUUUCUCUCCGCGGGGCUUCCAAGCAAUCCAGCAGAGCUAGCGCAGGGCAGGAUGCGUUUGCUGAACAUAGUCACUGAUGGCGAGAUAAUCCGCCUGCCAACGGCCCAUAUCUGGGGCACCAAUGAUCCCGUCUACGAUAUUUGUGAAAAUGUCAGCAAGCUCUGCAAUUCCAACAUGAAGUCGGUAUUCAUUCACGAUGGGAUCCACGAGGUCCCCGGUUAUGGGGCUAAGGAAGCGCUGGCGGGAUCGGUCAAGAUGAUUCGAAGAACGGUGGACCGGGGGCUCUCUGCUUAG